AUGCUCCGAAAGAGAGUGAGAGAUUAUGUAAAAAGUUACAUGUCUGAUUGUGGUAAAUUUAGAGUUAGUUUAAUAGAUAGUAGUGAUUGUUUAAAAACCUUUAUUAACAAAUUUAAUUUAAAUCCUCAUUCAAGUACUCAUGAUUUUAAAGCAAUUAAUUUAAUGGGACAAUCAAUGAGUGCUUCAAUGUUAUUAUCUUCUUUAUUAAAAGGUGAAGAAAGAAUUAAAUUAGAAUUAUUCAUUUCAAAUUCAAAUAUAAUUAAUUUAUCCAAUAAUACAUCCAAUUAUAGUAGUAAUAAUAAUAAUAAUAAUAAUAAUAAUAUUAAUAAUAAUAAUAAUUUAAUUAAUUAUGUACAUGUUGAAAGUAUUCAAGUAGGUGAAAUUAGAGGAUUUGUUAAAUUUGAUCAAGGUGAUGAUGAACAGAAUGAUAUAUUUUCAGUUUCUAAAAUUUUAAUGAAUCAUUCCAAACCAGUAACAUCAUCAUUACCACUUAUUUUAGAUAAUUCUGAAUUUAGUAAUUUAAAUAAUACAUUUGAAGAAUUCUUUGAAAAAUCUGAACAAAUACCAACAGUAACAAGUUUAGUAUGUAAACAAGAAUUUGGAUUAGAUCCAAUAUCAUUUGGAAUAAUUAUACAAAAAUUACCAUCAAGUGAAGAUUUAUCAGAAGAAUUAAAUUACUAUAAAAGUAAAUUAAAUGAAAUGAUUAAAAAAAUUAAUAAUAGACAAGAUGUACAUGAUAAUUUAUUUUAUAAUUUUAUAAUUAAUGAAAAUUUAGAAACAGUUAGAUAUAAACCAAUUGAUUUUUAUUGUAGAUGUUCAAAAGAUUUAAUUUUAAAUGCUUUAAAUACUAUAAAUGUAAAUGAAUUAAUUGAAAUGAGAAAUGAAAUUGUAAAUGGUGAAAAAAUUCAUUUUGAAUCUACUUGUGAUUAUUGUAAUAAUAAUUAUUUUAUUGAUGAAAAUGAUUUAUCUUUAUUAAUUACAAAAAAGUAA